CUCCCUCAGUUUCGCUAGUGAGCUUGACAGGCUAGGUAGCUAACCGGCUGCUAAUAUACCCUCUUAAUGAUUUCUGAUUUUGUGAGAUCUUAUCUAAAAUGAAUAUACAACGUUUAAAGUCUGCCUGAACCAUUUGCAGUAAUACACCUGUCUUGUUUCGUGUCAGAAACUCUUUAAGUCUCAUUUGUUAGCCACCUGCUAGCUAGCGUUGGCUAACUAUAUUCAUUCAACACCAUGGCAAGUGCAGCCAAUGCAAACCUAAACGCUGUCCGGGAGACAAUGGACGUACUGCUGGAGAUCUCCAGGUUGCUGAACACUGGUCUGGACAUGGAGUCUCUGUCCAUAUGUGUGAGACUGUGCGAACAGGGCAUCAACCCAGAAGCCCUGUCUGCUGUCAUCAAGGAACUGCGUAAAGCUUCUGAGUCCCUUAAGGCUUCUGAAAACUGUACAAACUGAAGAUGAAAACCAGUCACCUCAGUUUGGGAUAUUUAAUGGGAUCAUGCACUGUUCCUAGAUCUGUGCUUACUGUGGGCUCUCCAGCCAAUCAGAUUUGUGUUUGUGGUGCCAGUCUGUCCUCUGCACCUCCUCUGUGACUAACAUACACCUAAACUAUCCUUUGACUUGUGACUGAGGUUUUGUGUUUAGAGGUACCAUCCACAGUCCGCUUCCUAAACACAAGUCUUCUCCCGACAUGAGGGCACGCUCCGCCUUUCUGCCUCAAAUUUAGGCUUGCUCUGAGUUUCUCCUAACGCCAUUUAUAAACUGUAAAUUCAGAGUGUUAUUAGUAUUGUAUUGUUAUCCUGCCUUAAUUUAAGAGCAUAAUACUAAUUUCUGAUAGUCAAACCGUGUGGCACUUUUCAUGAGGAAAUAUUUUUUACUGUGUUUUUGAAACAUUAAGAAUUGAAUUGUGAAGAAUUGAAUUGUUAAGAAUUGUUUUUAGUUCUGUGUAAGCAUAAAGCCUUUUCCAGCUCAUUCAUUUUGCUAUAUCUGUUGUCCAUGUAACUACCAAUGAUGGAAUGAAGUCUAAAUUAAAGUGUUACAGUCAAUGGCCA